AUGGGUCAGGGUCGUCCUAGUAACAUACUGGCCAUUGUAGGUGGAGGUAUCUCUGGCCUGGUGUGUGCUGCCAGACUAGGGCAGCUGAACAUCCAUGAUGUCACCGUGUUUGAUACAGGUCAAAACGCAGUGGGAGGGCGCUGUUCAACCCGCCAUGUACAGAUUGAGGGGAAGACAUACAUAUUUGAUCACUCCGCCCAGUACUUUACGGUCUCUGACAAACGGUUUGCAAAAAUUGUGAGUUUUCUGCAUUCAAAAGGGGCAGUGAAAGUGUGGCCAGGGAAGAUUGGACAUCUGAAGAAGGGCAGAUUCUCCACAGAUGCUGGUAUCACACAGGCUUUUAUUGGCAGUGAGGGGAUGAGGUCCGUGGUGGAGUGUCUGGCAUCACUCAGUAAAGUACAGCGGCCAUGUUGGGUUGGGAAUGUCAGCUUCGACAGCGUGUCCAGGAAAUGGCAGGUAGACAAGUAUGGCUUCUUUGACUAUUUGGUUGUGGCUCAUAAUGGUAAGUGUGCCGACAAGCUGAUGUCCAGCGCUGGAGUACCUGACGUUCACCGACUGCUGAGAGUGAGGUUUGGGGAUGAGCUUGUUGUCCGGGAUCACCGGAUGCAGCUCUGUUCAUUGUGGGUCCUACUUGUUGCCUUCAGGGAGCCACUUAAACUCUCCUUCCAGGGAGCUCAUGUUGAACAUCAAGAUAUAUCAUGGAUUGCAAACAACACUGCCAAGCUGGGUCAGAAGUUUCCCGCAAGUAAAAUUGAAUGUUGGACUGUAUUUAGUACAAGAGAGUUUGGUACAGCAAACAAGGUUCCCCAGGAAAACAUUCCUCCGGGGAAGGCUCAAGGUGUAACAAACAAGCUUCUAGCUGCAUUCAGUCAGGCAACAGGGAAGGGCCAGCUCCCGGAAGUGGUGUAUUCCCGGGUACAGUUGUGGGGGGCCGCUGUGCCCAUGAAUGUGCUGGCAACAGAUGAAGAGUGUGUGUUUGACAGCUUCAACAAUGUGGGUGUCUGUGGGGACUGGCUGGUCAGCCCUUGUAUCCAGGGAGCAGCGGUCAGCGGACUCGCGCUGGCAGAGAGGAUACAUCAACACUGUAACGGACUGGUCACCACCAGCACCAGUUUGAAACCUGUGUUUGUGCCGGCCAGUGGUCACAUUAUAGGAGCCUUCCCCACAGACCAGAACAUGAUCUUCACUCCCAGCAAGUCAUAGCAGAUGCUUGCCAACACAGACCAGAACAUGAUGUUCACUCCCAGCAAGUUGAAGCAGGUGCUUGCCAGCACAGCCAGGAAAGUCAUAGCAGGUGCUUGCCAACACAGACAGGAACAUGAUCUUCACUCAACACUUGGGAAGUGGACAAAUAAACACAUUGCAUGUGCACUUUGU